AUGGACAAGAAGAACGAUCCCGCACGACGGCCAUCAGACUCUGACAAGAUGUCGGGCAAUGAUAUCUCGCCCGUUCCAAAGUCAAGAAAUAAUUCUGGGUCCCAGCCAAAGGACACCAAUACACAUCUAACUGUGCCGACAAUAUCUACUGGCCCUCAACCCCGAGGGAACUCGUUAGAUAGCCACAGCCCGUCAGAUGGUGAAACUUUAGUUCCACCGCUUACAACUACUACCGAUGCAAAGUCGACACAUGAGGAUGAGGAUCCGCUUAAACCCGAUGCUGGAAAUGAGCAUGAAUUUGUGGUUGAGGAUAACAUGUUUGCAUUCUCGCCUGGGCAACUAGGGAAGUUGUUCAACCCAAAGAGUCAUGGUGCAUUCAGGGCUUUGGGUGGUUUAAAGGGUUUAGAGGUUGGUUUAAGGACAGACAGGGUCGCCGGACUGAGUCUAGAUGAGACAAAACUAGAUGGACGAAUCACCUUUGAACAAGCGGUUCGGUCUGCACAAGGCUCAAACGGGCAGUCCAAAGAACCAACUCUAGUUCCGACAGCUACCAAUGAUGUCAAUACGCUCGCUGGUCUACCACAUGAUGCCUUUUCAGAUAGGACUAGGGUUUUCAGUGACAAUCGCCUUCCUGAGAAGAAAAUCAAAAGUAUCUGGGCGCUAAUGUGGAUCGCAUUGAUGGAUAAAGUCUUGCUUUUGCUUUCGGGAGCCGCAGUGAUCUCUCUCGCGUUAGGGUUGUAUCAAACAUUUGGCGGAACUCAUCCACCAGGAGAAGCUAAACUUGAUUGGGUCGAGGGUGUUGCUAUCAUAGUUGCUAUCGCCAUUGUUGUCAUCGUUGGCGCUCUAAAUGACUAUCAGAAAGAACGUCAAUUUGUGAAGCUAAAUAAGAAGAAAGAAGACCGUAUGGUGAAGGUUAUCCGGUCUGGAAGAUCUCUUCAGAUUUCCGUCUAUGAUUUACUCGUGGGAGAUGUUUGCCAUCUGGAACCGGGCGACAUGAUCCCAGCCGAUGGUAUAUUCAUUUCGGGUCACAACGUGAAAUGCGACGAAUCUUCCGCCACCGGUGAGUCUGAUCAAAUGAAGAAGGUUUCUGGAGACGAAGUCUUCACCCAAAUGGAGGCUGGCGCUUCAAACUACCAUAAGCUGGACUGCUUUAUCAUCUCUGGUGCCAAAGUCCUAGAAGGUGUAGGCACCUAUAUGAUUACGAGCGUCGGAAUUCACAGCAGCUUUGGAAAGACCAUGAUGGCUCUUAGAGAAGAUGCUGAGGCAACACCUUUGCAGAUGAAAUUGAACAAUCUUGCGGAAGCAAUCGCCAAGCUUGGUGGAGCUUCCGCCCUUUUGCUCUUUAUUGUUCUUUUCAUUCGUUUCCUUGCACAUCUACCUACCAGCAACGCAGACGCAUCAGAGAAAGGACAACUAUUCAUGCGCAUCCUUAUCACAGCUAUCACUGUCGUUGUUGUUGCUGUUCCUGAAGGUUUGCCCUUGGCUGUGACUCUCGCUCUAGCGUUUGCGACGACCCGCAUGUUAAAAGAUAACAACCUUGUCCGUGUAUUGCGCGCUUGUGAAACAAUGGGUAAUGCAACAACCAUCUGCUCUGACAAAACAGGGACAUUGACCCAGAAUAAGAUGACUGUCGUCGCUGGUACUUUGGGAACAGCCUGCCGGUUCGGUUCAAAAGCUCCAGCUGCCGGUGAAAAAGCGGCAGAGGAAAAAGCAAUGGAUGACACUCCAAUGGCUGAGCUUCGAUCGAAGCUGUCUCCUGAGGUUAAGAGACUUCUUUUAGACUCAAUCGCCAUCAAUUCCACUGCUUUUGAAGGAGAGGAGGACGGCAAAAUGACCUUUAUUGGAUCGAAAACCGAAACUGCACUGCUUGGCUUUGGUCGCGAUUAUUUAGGAAUGGAACAUAUUGCCGAGGAGCGUGCCAACUCCACCGUUGCACAGCUUAUUCCCUUUGACUCUGGACGCAAAUGUAUGGGGGUAGUUGUUAAGUUGAAAGAAAACCACUAUCGACUGUUUGUUAAGGGAGCAUCCGAAAUUCUUCUGAACAAAUGCACCCGUAUUAUCGAUAAUCCUAGCUCGGAGCUCAGCAUCACUACACUUGAUUCGAGGAACAUUGAAUCUUUGAACCAGGUUAUCGCUGCCUAUGCGAAUCGUUCUCUGCGUACUAUUGGCAUGAUUUUCCGCGACUUCCCAUCAUGGCCACCACCGGGUGCACGCACCAUGGAAGACGAUCCGAGACAGGCUGAAUUCGAUGACAUAUUUGACGACAUGGUGUUUUUAAGUAUUGUCGGAAUUCAAGAUCCUCUUCGUGAUGGUGUUCCGGAGGCUGUUGCUGAGUGUCAGAAGGCUGGUGUCUUUGUUCGUAUGGUGACUGGCGACAACUUGAUGACCGCAAGGGCAAUUGCUGCAGAGUGCGGUAUAUAUACUCCCGGCGGCAUUGUUAUGGAAGGCCCAAAGUUCAGACAACUAACCAAGGCCGGAAUGGAUCAAAUUAUUCCAAGGCUUCAAGUACUCGCCCGGUCCAGCCCGGAGGAUAAAAGGAUCCUUGUUCGUAGAUUGAAGGAAUUGGGCGAGACUGUUGCAGUUACUGGUGAUGGUACAAACGAUGGUCCUGCGCUGAAAAUGGCGGAUGUUGGGUUCUCUAUGGGUAUCGCAGGAACUGAAGUUGCUAAAGAGGCAUCUUCAAUUAUUUUAAUGGACGACAAUUUUUCUAGCAUCGUCAAGGCCAUCAUGUGGGGGAGAGCUGUCAACGAUGCCGUGAAGAAAUUCCUGCAGUUCCAACUUACUGUCAACAUUACGGCUGUGCUUCUCACUUUUGUUUCUGCUGUUGCAUCUUCAGAGCAAACAUCUGUUUUGUCCGCUGUGCAGCUGCUUUGGGUCAACUUGAUUAUGGAUACCUUCGCUGCACUAGCGUUAGCUACUGAUCCCCCGGCACACAGUAUUCUCGACCGCAAACCGGAUCCAAAGUCUGCUCCAUUAAUCACUAUCAAUAUGUGGAAAAUGAUUCUUGGUCAAGCAAUCUAUCAACUUGUCGUCACCUUCGUACUUAAUUUUGCUGGUGGUCAUAUACUCGGAUAUGAUCCGGAGCAUUUGAACACUCUGGUCUUUAACACUUUCGUUUGGAUGCAAAUCUUCAACCAGUACAAUAACCGUCGUCUCGACAACAAAUUCAACAUCUUUGAGGGCAUCACCCACAAUUGGUUCUUUAUUGGUAUCAAUGUUAUCAUGGUUGGAGGGCAGGUUAUGAUUAUAUUCGUUGGAGGAGCAGCUUUCCAAAUUAAGCCACUAAAUGGUGUACAAUGGGGCAUUUCACUCAUACUUGGUGCUAUUUCUCUUCCGGUAGCAGUCAUUAUUCGCUUGAUCCCAGAUGAGUUUGUCGCAAAGAUCGUUCCUCGAUGGAUGAGUCGCAAGGCCGACCCGAAUAUCUACGUCUCAAAUGAGGAUCGGUUCCAAUGGAACCAGGGAAUCGAGGAUAUUCGUGAAGAGCUUUCCUUCCUCAAGAUGGUCCGCGGUGGUCGUUUAAAUCAACUCAAGUUCCGCCGCCAGAACCUAAAGAACAAUCUAUCCCACAUCUUCCGCGCCGGGUCAAAACAAGAUAUACCCACAAUCAACACCUCGGAGAAUAGCGACGCGUCCUUUUCACCCCCAUCACCAACGUCGCGCCGUAGAAGGUCAAGGUCGAACUCGGCCUUUGCUGCUGCUGCCAUGGUCCCGUCAAUUGUUGCUGGUAGUAUCGGUGGCUGGUCACCGGUUGAGAGACCUGGAGAAACCGUGAAAUUUCCUGCUCUACGUGGGCCAGAACUAGAAGCCCGGGAGGGCGGUAUAUCUGUACACCCGGAUACUGAUCCGAAAGAAUUGAUCACUAGAGAGAACCCGCCAGUUCCUGGAGCUCCCCAGCCUCCAAGCCAACAUCCAGAGUUAUCACCUGAGUCUGCCGGUCUGGCGCCUCCAAGAGUGUGA